AUGCUAAUAUGGCGCGGUACCUACACCAACUUUGGUAUUGUCUGUCGAGACUUUGUGUUUUCCAUGGUUAGGGUUCAGGGCAACACUACGACCGUAUAUGCAUGUAAGGACAUCGCCGGAAGGCCACAAACGCCCAGCUGGGAAUGUAUGAGGGAAAAAAACGGCCUGGCACCCGUGAUCCACCCGCGACACAAUGGUGGACCCCACGAAAACUUUGUUGCAGACCUUUCUCUCUGGGCCUGGCCAGCAAUAGGGGGAUGGAAUCCGGAACCAAAACAAGCAGACAAGGGCCACGAAGCGAACGCGACGCCCCCAGGCUAUUAUGCAUGGGGGUGGUGGCAAGGGAAUGCGAUCGAGCCUCCCCUGCAUCGUGUGGUUGACAGGCUUCGAUUCCGUUUUCUGGAAAGCAAGGCUGCGUACCAGGUGGAGAACCAAGGAAAUGGUUUUCAGUCCGCAUGA